UAGAAAGCUUAAAGAAGCAGCACAGCAAGGUGCCAAGGCAGCAGGUUUCGCUUUUAGUGUAUCUUCAUUAAAAGUAUCAGGUGGUGGAAAAGGUAGUCAUACUCCCUUUGUUACUUUACAAUGCAUGAUAGGAGGUAAAUAUAGAAAUAACCAUAACAUUACAGAAGAAACUAGAAAACAAAAUAAAUCCACUAAGCGUCAAAAUUGCCCUGUUACUCUACGAGUUGUUUUGAAUGAAAAUACUAAAGUUUGGGUGGUAAUAUCUUCAAAAAAGCAAAAAGAGUUAGUCUACAUUAUGCUUAAAAGUGGGGCAUCAACUCAAUCAAUUGCUGAUGCAAUAUAUUGGAAGCAGGGCACUGUAUACACUAAAGAUAUAAUAAAUGAGCGAGACCAAAUAAAAAAUGCAUUGAAUGAGGGCACAAACCGUGAUACUACAGUACACCUUUUACAAAUGCUAGAUGAAUGCCAUUAUAUUGUUUGUCAUGUGUUAACAAAAGAUGGCCAUUUGCUAACCUUAUUUUUUACACAUAACGAAUCUGCACAUCAAGUAGCCAUAUAUCCAGAAGUGCUCAUGGUUGACGCAACGUAUAAGACAAACUUAUACAAACUUCCUCUUAUUAAUGCAAUCGCGUUAUUUUUACUUACUUUAAAAGAAACAAUUUAUGAUAUUUUUUCUUGUUCUUCAGAAGUGGUUGUUUCGAAUAGAGCCCUGGCCCUUCGAAAAGCAGCAGCAAAGAUUUUCCCAGAAGCAAAAAAAAUGGUAUGCAUUUGGCAUAUGCUUGUGCAAAAUCUGCGAACUGCAUGUAGAAAAUUUUUCGACUCUGAUGAAGAUUAUAAUGAGCUUCUAUUAUCAAUCCAAAAGGUUGCUUAUGCUGAAGAAAUGAAUGAAGUUGAAAAAGCAUUUAACGAGGUUAAUAAGGUGGCAAUGAAAAGUAGAAACCCAAAAUAUAUUAAAAAUUAUUUUGAGGAAUGGAAAAAAGAUGCAGAAUGCUAG